AUGCUGGAUCAGUUAACGGAUAGAUGUGGCACAAUGGCAUUAUGCAUGGCCUUGUGCAGAUUUUAUCCUGCUUGGAUGUUUUGGAUUCAGAUCAGCGCUGUGGUUGACAUUGCUUCACAUUGGCUGCAUCUUCAUGCUACUGACCUCACACGUGCUGAAACCCACAAGAAAAGCGAUAAUCCUAUUCUACAUCUCUACUAUACCAAUCGCAUGUUUCUUGGAUUUAUGUGCGCCGGAAAUGAGGCCUUCUAUCAGAUCCUCUACCUACGUGCAUUCCAUCCUGGUCCCUCAGUUUUUGGUGUCUACUUGCUGUCUUAUCUUGCUGCUAUAGCUUUCCCUAUAGCAUUUGUAAAGUCUGUAAUUAGCCUUGUUCACUUGGUGACUGCUUCACAAACUAUUGUAAAUUAUGAUACUGAGCAGAUUCUCAGCAAACGUCGGCCUGCUAAGGCUGACUAA